AUGGCAAGCGGGGGAAGCUCCUCGCCGUCCUCUAGCAAACCUCCAUCUCCUGGGUCUUGGGCCCAAAUCGCUUCUAAUGCUGCUCGUACAUCGGAAGCAUCUCCUUUGCACAACCAUCAUCUUCUGAACAAGCUCAAAAGUUCCACAACCCAAUUUGUCCACCUGGAUGAGGACUCUCUUGCAAGAGCACGGAUGCGCUUCCAGCACUCACUAUACGGAAAAUUUUUUGGAAAACCUCCGGCCUUUGACCAAGUGAAGAUGAGUCUGAUGGCCAAAUGGCAGGAGUUUGGUGAGGUUGUUAUCUCUGAUCUCCCUAAUGGAUUUCUUUUGAUUCGUUGUUCUUCUCAUGAAACUAUGCAAGGGAUUUUAAUGGGAGGUCCUUGGUCCAUCAAUGGUAUCAUCCUUCAGUUGUUUCCUUGGAAGCCAUUCUUUGAACCGGCCUUCGCCAAGCUCAACUCGGCGGCCAUCUGGGUUCAACUUCAUAACUUGCAUGUCGAUUUCUCGGAAGCGGAAACUCUGGAAUCAAUCACUGCGCAUAUGGGUAACCUUCUUAAGGUUGAUGAUCUCACUUCGUCCCUUACUCGGUCGAGAUUCGCCCGUGUCUGUCUGGAAAUUGAUCUCUCUAAGCCGUUAAGCCGGGGUUUCUGGCUGGGGGAUGAUACCCAGCGCAUCUUUGUGGUGGUGUUGUAUGAGAAGUUGCCGACGUUUUGUUAUACAUGUGGGCUUGUUGGGCAUGGCACGAACUCUUGUUCUCGUUCCUCUGUUCCUGGUCUGGAUCGUACUCCUCCACCCUUUCGCGUCCAGCGAGGGCCGGCGGCAGAGUCGAUUCAGGAUGUAGGGGUGAUUGGACCAAAAGAUACCCCGAUGACCUCUGAUCCCGGUUCUAUGCCUGAUAAUUCUCUGUUGAAUCCAUCGGAAGCUUUGACGGAUCGAGAGUUUGGUCCAUGGUUGCUCGUCUCUCAUCAGCGUGGCCGGGCCUGCGGGCGUGAUGGUGGCACUCGUGCCGCUCACGUGCCGGGUAGAGGUGGUCACGCCUCUGUUCGCGCUCCACGCGCCGAAGGUUCUGGUGCUGAUGCGAUCCCUCUGCGUGACUUCUCUUCAUCUGACAUGCCAGGUAUUGGAAACCAAAACUUUGGUUCUAUCAUUACUGUGGCUCCUAGGGAGGAUGCCCCAUCCAACGGCUCCCUUUCGCUUAUGGUUGAUGAUUCCCCAUCCAACGGCUCUCAUUGGCUUGAGACUGAUGGCUCCUAUCCCAACGGGUCUCUGCUGAACAGGCCUUCUCGUCCCUCAGAGAAAACCCCUAAUUCUAAUCGCUCCAAAGCACGUGAUUCCCCCCUGCAACGAUCCUCGUCUCCUCCCCCUGUCCUUCGCUUGGCGCAGGGAGUGGAGACCACAUCUUUGCCUGUUGAUACUUCCAACUCUCACUCGAUGGUGGUUGACAAGGUCUCUGCGGCCCUGGAACCUUCUCAUUCUGAUGAAGAUGCCUCGGGGUCCUCUGGCAAUGAGGAUGAUGCGAUGACCGAUGAUGAUGUAGCUGGGAUGUCGGCUGAAGCGGAGGAAGCCGAUGACCUUAUGACUCUGGAUCAGUUCCAAGUGGAACAACGGCGAGGUGCGCUGGUGAGGAAGUGCCUGCAGGUUCCUAGUGACUCUCAUAAGAAGGGUCGUAUGGACGCUGGUGGUUCUUCGCCCGCAUAG